AUGAAUAUAACCGUACUACGAGGUUAUUUCAGUAGUACAUACAAUCCGCCGCCGGUGUACAACAUCAGAAACAGUUCACCAGCCGUACUUGCGAUGCUCAAUCUCGACGACAAGGAUAACAGUGACGAGAAGUUGAUGCGCGGACGUAUACCAGGCUCACAGUUCCUGAUCAUCACCGCACUCCAGAGAAUAUCUGAGGAGGCGGAGUGUUAUAAGAGGCGGAAGAGAAGAAACACACUGGAUGCGAGUAUAUAUAGACAUUGCUAUAUGCGCUGGGAGACUCGUCUGUGUUCUUGCACACUCACCGCGCAUCCCUCCCAAUCGACCAUCGAGCCAUGCAGAGCAGAUAGAGUCUACAAUGACACAGAAAUCAUUGAGGAGCUUUUGGUAAUCAACGGGUAA